AUGGCGCGCCAAAAUCCCAACAUCGUUAUUACGGGCACACCUGGAGUGGGAAAGACGACACAUGCAGAGCAAUUAGCGCAAGCAACAGGAUUCCAGCACAUCUCGGUGAACCAAAUAGUAAAAGACGAAGGCUACCACGAGGGCAAAGAUGAAGAAACAGGGAGUUGGAUUGUAGACGAAGACAAACUGCUUGACCACCUAGAAUCCCUCUCCCUCGCCGACAAAGGCGGCUACAUCCUCGACUGGCACGCGUGCGACCUCUUCCCCGAGCGCUGGAUCGACCUCGUCAUCGUGCUGCGCUGCGACUCGACGUUACUAUAUGACCGUCUUACCGCGCGCGGCUACAAGGGGAAGAAGCUGGAGGAGAAUAUGGAUAGUGAGAUUAUGCAGGUGUUGCUUGAUGAGGCGAGGGAGAGUUAUAAAGAGGAGAUUGUGGUGGAGUUGAAGAGCGAGAGUAAUGAGGAUGUGGAGGGGAAUUUGGAGAGGGUGGAGCGGUGGGUUGAGCAGUGGAGGAGGGAUAGGCGGGAGGAGUAG